CUAAAAAAUCAUGCUCGAAAUUCCGGUCACGUGGGCUCACUAUGCACUCGAUUCCCAGCUACUAUGCUAUGAAGAGGGUAAAGGUAGUUGGGGCUAUUGGCAUGCACAGUUGGAGCGCGCCCACCCCAUGAGCAUGACGAGUUGAUGAGCCGCUCCUCCAACCUCCUCUAGAUAUAGAAAGCCGCUGCUCCCUGUCCGGACGACGAGCCUGGUUGAUGAUCGGCCGGACAUGGACGAGCUCCUCCUCCUCUUCCUGCUCAAAAUGGAGGCUUUCCACAUACAAUUCUCUCCUAGCUCCUGAAUCUCGUAGUGCCACACGUAUCAGCUAGGUUGGUAGAUUUCUGCUGGUGGAUAGGUACGCGCGCUUUGUAGGCAUUAGGCAGCAGGCAGGUGCUGUGUGGUUGUCGUGGUACAAAUCACGUGUGGUGGUGGUGGAUGGGCCUCAUGGCCGGGAUGCUCCCUGGCGUCGAGUUCGCGAGGAGGAUAAGGAUCCGGCCGGCGGCGGAGGCCCCGUGCGCCGGCACACGGCGGCCGUUGUCGUCGGGCAUGUUCGGGCACGACCUCGGCUCGGCUGGUUUUGCGAAGAGGAGCGGUGUGUGCGAGGAGGCGUGGACGACGCAGCUGGAUAGCAUCGCCCGGGAGGCCCGAGAGAGGCUGGAUCAGAAGCUCAGGAGCCAGAGGGAGUCCAUGGCCAAGAGGCGCCACAGCACGGGAAGCCUCCGGCUCCCGGCCCCGCCGAGCACCACCAGCGACGCUGGCGCGACGCCGGUGGCUAGCGCGCUGCAGCGAGAGGUGUUCACCAAGAAAGGCGGCGUCCGGCGGUUCAGCUGGGGCUGGAGGAAGGAGCAGCAGCAGCAGCAAGCGGGGUGCGCGGUGUGCCCCUUCUGCCGCGCCGCCGUCCGCCUCGCCGAGCACCAGCAUGUCUAGCGCAGAUUAGUUCCUUCCUUCUCGGCCGGACCAUGCCAUGCAUGGCGCGUCGGUGGAGCUGCGUGGCACAGUAGCAACCUGCGCAUGGGACGCCUUGUGUCGAGGAUGGAUCACCUGCUAAUGGGAGCGUCAUGGACAUGACAUUUAGACCUAUCAGUUAUCAUUGUGCCAGGAACUUAAACGUCCUCUCACGGGUUGUUCAGGCACCAGCACUCGGACAGAAGAGACGUGGACGACACGAGAGCUGCAACGAUCGAGGAAUUUAACACCACACAUACAUGAAGUAUAGUAAAGACUAGGGUUUAACCCCUGUAGUUAAGGUUGCAGUGUCUAGUAACUCCGAAGUUACUUUCAUCGAAUGCCCUUGUAACAGAGCACGAUGGGUCCUCGCGAACUCUAUAUAAGCAAUCCCAAGGUCAUUCCCUAAA